UACCAUACCAUUUUCGUAUUUUUUGAACAUGUAUAGACAUCUAAGAGAUUUAUACAACCAAGGGACACAACCCUGCAGGCCAAAAUCAAAUUAUCUGUCUGCUUUCAUGCCUACAGUUUGUCUAUGUGUCUCCUCACAAUUAGAAUAUGUAUUGUAUUCACUAUUAGCUGUGGAGAUACGAGUACAGUCUGUCUGUAUCUCCCUGUCAUUAGAAUAUAUACAAUAUCUACGGUGGAGAUACGAGUACAGUCUGUCUAUACAAUAUCUACAGUGGAGAUACGAGUACAGUCUGUCUAUACAAUAUCUACGGUGGAGAUAUGAGUACAGUCUGUCUAUACAAUAUCUACGGUGGAGAUACGAGUACAGUCUGUCUAUACAAUAUCUACGGUGGAGAUACGAGUACAGUCUGUCUAUACAAUAUCUACGGUGGAGAUACGAGUACAGUCUAUCUGUAUGUAUCUCCCUGUCAUUAGAAUAUAUACAAUAUCUACGGUGGAGAUACGAGUACAGUCUGUCUAUACAAUAUCUACGGUGGAGAUACGAGUACAGUCUGUCUAUACAAUAUCUAUGGUGGAGAUACGAGCAGUCUAUCUGUAUGUAUCUCCCUGUCAUUAGAAUAUAUACAAUAUCUACGGUGGAGAUACGAGUACAGUCUGUCUGUACAAUAUCUACGGUGGAGAUACGAGUACAGUCUAUCUGUAUGUAUCUCCCUGUCAUUAGAAUAUAUACAAUAUCUACGGUGGAGAUACGAGUACAGUCUGUCUAUACAAUAUCUACGGUGGAGAUACGAGUACAGUCUGUCUAUACAAUAUCUACGGUGGAGAUACGAGUACAGUCUGUCUAUACAAUAUCUACGGUGGAGAUACGAGUACAGUCUGUCUGUAUCUCCCUGUCAUUAGAAUAUAUACAAUAUCUACGAUGGAGAUAUGAGUAGUUUGUCUGUAUGCAUCUUUCCGUCAUUAAAAUAUACACAUACUUACUCAUAUAUAUAUAUAUAUGAGUACCGCAUUGCCUUAUUCUACAUUGUUUACUGUCAAUUAAUGUCUGUACUAGUGAUGUGUGUGUGUGGACUAUGUACCCGAUGUGAGAUUUUACACUGAUGAAACACUGCAUUCCACUGUGAAACUCAAUUUCCACAGACAUGUUCUCAGUUUCAAGUGGCUAAAUAUCCUGUAUAAUAUUUAAAUGUCUCUAUUCAGUCUCUGGUCCACAUAAUGGCUCUAUAUGUGAUGAUAAUGUCAGAUAUUGUUGAUGAUACUUCCAAUAGGAAUACCUGUAUGUCUAUAAGACUAUUAUAUGACAUAUAUUUUCACAUUAUUUAAAAAAAAAAAAUCACAAUAUCGCCAAUCUUUUAUCAUAUACUAUUAAUAAAUUAUUAAACUUAAAUUUCACUUUGCUCUCUUACAAAAAUACAAAAAUUUGUGGUAAAUCAGAUAAAUUUCAUUUAAAAUGUGAUUCAAGUACAUGUAAUUAUAAAUAUAAAUAUGAAAACUCAGCCAUGUUCUUAAUUUGUAGUAUUGUGUAAUUCUUUCGGGUCUCAAUAUGAAAUACCGUCGCAUGUUUUCUUGUAGAGUUUUUCUAGAUGUAUUCCAUUAUGCUGUAAUUUUCAAGAUAUUUAAUUAAAUUUAACAGUUUAUACUUACAUGUAUUAAAUACAAGAUUUAAUGUGAUUUAAGCUUUUGAUAUGUAUUACGUGGCAUCUUGUUACUUCAGCUUAAUUAUGGAGCAUAGGGAACAUUCACCUUUGUGCAGAUUUAUCUUCAAUUAUCUUCAUUAAUGAUAUCAGAACGAUCCUUACAAUCUGAAGAUGAUUUUAGAGAGAGAUAAUAAAACUACCAUAUAAACACUUUGAAUCUGGAAUAACCAAGACCUCAUACAUGGAAUAUCCAGAACCUAAAAAACAUUUUCCUGAUAAUACUGAAAUAGCAAUUUUGAAACUCGUUAAUUAGUGUGUACAUAUGUGAGAAAGGGAAGAUUUAAUGUGACUAGGUUUUGUGCCUAUAAAUUUGUACCGGUUAUAGAGAGAAUGAAAUCUGUGAUUUUAGAGUGAUGAUAUAUUUCACAUUACUGUAGAAACGUCAGGAGUCUGCUUUGGAUGUUUCUUAUUGUUGUGGUAUAAAAUGGGAAAAGAUAGUGUACCAUUAUUUUUUUUACAUCAGUUUCUACCAUAUAUAUUUUUUUGGUGAAUUAGCUAAAUAACAUUUGAUAAAUACAUGUUUGUUCAUCGUAUGACAUCAGUUUUCUUAUUUAUAUUGUCAAUUUGUGCUUCUUUUCCCUUUGUUUUUAUAUAUUAGUUGAACACUGUCAUCUGUGUAGCCUCUCCUUUACUUGUACUAUUGCCAGUGAAGCAGGUAUACAUGCUGUCAUUGUUAGGGAAAAUCUGCUAUAAUGCUUUUGUUUAACUUUCAGAACUACUUUUUUUUCUAAGGAAUUCAUCUGUUAGGUCCCCAGAAAUUAUACUGAAAAAACUUUUACUUGGUAAUAUAUCCAAAGGUUCAUACUGAAAUGAAUAUCAGAUAGAAAAGAAAAUUAACAAAAGGAUUUAUUUUCUUAAUAUUUCUGUUUUGUUUGGGCUAAUUGAAAUGACAUUAUGGGUAGUAUUUAAAGUCAUACAAAGUUAAAACUGACCAUUUAGAUACUAUAAAUAUGAUAUACAGUGUACAUGCAUAUAUCACAGAAAUUGUAUAUCGGAGAAAUUAAAAGGAAAAGUGUAUUAGAUAUAUUUCAUUAAAAGUCAUGGGCUGUUUCUACAUUUCUGCCUCAUUAACUUCACAUAGAAUAAUGUGUAAAGACGUUUAGUGACAUUCUUUAUGAGGAAAUGUUAAAAUUGAUAAGUACAUUUCGUAUUUAUGUGACAGUACUAGUUCACCCUAUCCUCUGAUGUUGCUGUUAAAUAUGACCUUCCAUAUCACAUGGCUUUCACAUGGUGUUUGUUGCAUUGUACUUACACACACUUGGCUCCUGUCACAUUGCUUCCACAUGAAGUUGGCUCGUAAAAAUUGUGCUUUCACAUGAAGUUGGCUCGUAAAAAUCAUGCUUUCACAUGAAGUUGGCUCGUAAAAAUUGUGCUUUCACAUGAAGUUGGCUUGUAAAAAUCUUGCAGUGACUUAGAGAUCUAAUUUAUGGCACAUUGUUGUAAGAAUGUGAUUAGAAAUGGUAUAAAAAAUGGCCAGAUUUUGUGGAAAAAAAUACAACAAUACACAUGAAGUUUGAUACACAUUAUUUUUAUAGACGAUGAUAGGAGAAACUUUCCAUUAAUGGUUCACUAUAUCAUGAUUGUAUUUAGAUCGGUUUAUUUGCUUUGUUUGUGUAGGGGUAGAUAAUUCUCUGUCUUUCAUUGUGUCUGUCGAAUAUUCCACCCCUCUGAUGUACACCUUAUAGUUAUGGACCAUAAAUGGAAAAAAGUCAAAGGACCAAAGUACCCAUCAGAAACUGAUACCCUAGUUACAUAUAGGUGCUUGGAUUAUAUUUAUAAUAACAAUUUUAUAUGCGAUUAUAAACAACUGUAUAACUGUAUUCAAAUAGACAUAAUUCUGAUAUUUUUAAAUUGAUACAUUUACUCAGCUCAGUUUGUUUAGAUUCAUUAUCACAUAAAGUCUUGUGACUUACAAAAGUAUCUAUCAAAAUAUAUUUAAAAAGAUUCAUCAGUAUUCUGAUGUCAGCUCUCAGUUUUAUUGGGGAGUAAGUAAUGAUAUUGGAAUAGCCUGACAAACGUAGCAUAGACAUGUAUUAAUAUAACAUCAUCACUUUCACCUGUGUUCUUGAUGGCUAAUUAUGUCAAAGUUUCUCAUAUCAGGAAUGUUGUUGACAGACUUUUAUCCAUGAUACGGAUUUGAGGGACUGAUAUCUCAGCUAUGGCGGAAAUUGCUGGGAUUAAUUUCUCAUUCUUCAGAUUGACUUUCGAAACCUGGGAUUAUUUUCUGGUUUAGGUAGUCUUUCUAUGGGUUGCAACACAUUUGUUUUUUUUAAACUUUUUUAUCAACUACUCCAACGAUGUUAGAUGAUGACACUACAGUGGGUGUCAUAGUUGGCACGAUAAGGUCAGAUUAUAUAUCAGCUGACCACUGGCAUCUUAUGCUACAGUAGUAAAUUUUGACAUAUUUUUCAGUGGAUGACCUGGCUUUUAUUGGUAUAAAUAGUCAACCAUCCAUAAAUACUUAACCAUUGGUGGUAUUCAGCUCUUUACCUGAUUACCUUUGGAGUAGGCACCACACAUCCAUGAGUGACCCUAAUGUUACCUUUGGAGUAGGCACCACAUAUCCAUGAGUGACCCUAAUGUUACCUUUGGAGUAGGCACCACAUAUCCAUGAGUGACCCUAAUGUUACCUUUGGAGUAGGCACCACAUAUCCAUGAGUGACCCUAAUGUUACCUUUGGAGUAGGCACCACACAUCCAUGAGUGACCCUAAUGUUACCUUUGGAGUAGGCACCACACAUCCAUGAGUGACCCUAAUGUUACCUUUGGAGUAGGCACCACACAUCCAUGAGUGACCCUAAUGUUUUGAUCAGAAGCUAAACAGUCUCACCAGCCAACUAUCUUCAGACUCUGAACUUGGCAGUACUUUGACUUUGGUAUUGAUGUUCAACUUUCCAGAUGAGUACCUCAUUUGACUUUCAAAACUGCAAGUAAAUGCUGGUAUUGGGAUUCAACUUUCUUUGUGGAUUCUUUAGCUUUUGGAUAUGUAUUGAGCUUUGUAGAUGGACAUAUAUACUUUUGUACUAGGUCAGUUAUCCAAAUAGCUAGGAUUGACAUUCUUAUCCAGUAUUUUACCAUUUGAUUUGAGAUUUACCUACCCAGUUGACAAUUUGUGGUUGGGUAUUCCCCUCAAAAGUGUAGGAAAUACUGAGGUUAAUGAAGGUGUAUAAUAGAUUGGGUGGACUCUGGUAUUUUAUCAAUAUUUGUUAUGCUGCCAAAAGUUUUGUGUUAUGUUGGGACAUAUCACCGUAGUGUACACACUGAAGUCUUUUUUGUUUAUAUAAAACUACAUCAUUUAACUGCUGAUGUUUGUUGUGUAAAUAAUCUGUUAUAUAAUAUAACAUGUAUUAUACAAAUAAAAAUACUUACUGUACCUAG